AUGGACAAGCUGUUGGAGUACAAGGAGAAGAUCUCGGCCAAGCUGGAGCGGUAUGACAAGAUCGUGGAGCUGGAGAAGCAGACGGGUGUGGACAAGUUCUACAUCUUCUGCGUCGGCCAUUAA